AUGUUACGACAAGUUCUGGAUAGUUUACCUGAUUUUAGGUAUGUUUGUUUUUAUUUCUUGUUUUGUUUUUUAGUGGCAAGGUAUAGUAACGGUCAAAAGAGGUGUAAUAUCUUUGUAACAUAACUUUUCUUUUGAACGGGAACAAACAGUGAUAUUUAACGAAUUUAUAGUUUGUUUAUGACCUAAAGGGCUUUUUAAAUGCAAAUAAUAACGAGUUUUUUCUAGUUUUAUAUUUAUUUUAAACCAAUAACUAUAAAAUAGACUCUAGAUCUCAUGGAUAAGAUUAAAAUUAAAGUUUUAAAUUUUUUUUGAUAAGCGGAAAUCAAAACUGAUAAAAGUAAAGAGAAAGUAGUAUAAAUCAGAAGAAUAACGUUAUAUUUGCAAAAUAUCACUGCUUUUGUCCAAAUCAUACCAGGACACUCCUUUUUUGUAUUUGAACAAUGAGAUUAGUCAUCGCCGUAAACUUUAGAUAAGAAUUGUUUAAUAUUGUCAGGAAAAUGUUAAUUCUUGUUUAAUUAACGUUAGUUCAGACGCUUAUUUUGCUUUGAAUAGAUUUUAUGCGUAUUAGACGGCAAAAUUUUUCUAAUUUUUUUGAAUUUUAAACUUUUUUUUAAAUAAUAUUAAUUUAAAAAUAAUAAAUUUAUUUAAAAAUUUGUGACUGUUUGUAAAAUGAUUGUUGUUUUUAUUGGUUACUGUUUUUAGUGGAAUGGACGUGUUGAGGAUAGAAUUGGACAAUCCCAAUGGCUGGUUUUAUCCAGGAAGCUUUGUAGCAGGCACUGUUAUUAUCAGGACAUCAGACGCAGUAAAGGCUCGGGCUGUCGAAGUAAUUUUUCAAGGUAAAGCCAAAACUUCUUGGUAUGUCAGCGAAAGUUAUCGACAGUAAGUUUUAGUUUUUGAUGCUUAAGUAAAUGUAACUUUACUGUUUUUGAAAAGUUAAAAAUUUUGUUUUGAAAAUUCUAGUUACUUCAAGAAGCUUUAACCUUAUAUAAUUACAGUGACAACAAGACGCACACAGAAAACGUUCUAUACCAAUCAGAAGUGUUUUACGCCAAUGAUAACAAAUGUCUUUGGGCUCCACCACCAGGCCAAAAACAUUUACCGGUCGGUGAAAUGCGCUUUAGGUUUCAAUUUCCAAUCCCGACGAAUGCUCCGCCUACUUUUGAAGGUAUUCUUAUCAUUUUUUGUUUGAAAAUUUUAAUUUCGAAUUUUUUUUAAUUUUUAAUUUUUUUCAACUUUGUAAAGAAUUUUUUUACCAUUUUUUAUUUCAGGUACCUACGGCUUUAUUCGUUAUUUCAUCAAAGUGAAAAUCGACCGACCAUGGCGUAUCGAUAACCGGCAUCAAAUCGGCUUCACAGUUUUGCCCCACUUUGACCUCAAUUCAGUACCGUACUCAGGAUACCCAUUGUUACGUGAAAAUCACAAAGAAAUUGGAUGCUGUUGCUUCAAACAUGGUCGACUAAUGGUGCGACUUAUUGUACCAAAAAGCGGAUUUGUACCUGGCGAACUGAUACCAAUUAGAGUCGAAAUUCAGAAUCAUGCGACAAAGGGCGUCAAAAAGAUCUCGACGCAGGUAUGGAGGGUUUUAAACGAAUUAUACGUAUUUUUUGUGGUAUCUUAAUGAACAAUGUUUCAGGUGAACCAAAUUCAACAUUUCACAGCCGAUCGUCGCUCAAAUCGUAUCUUGUUUGUACCUCAUCUCAGUCAGAAUCCGGAUAUCAUGCAAAAACAUUAUACUCAAGUGGUAGCACAAACCCAAAAAGUCUUCAACGAACCUCGAACUGGCAAUUGGACAUUUGACGAUGUACUCCAAAUGACACCAGUAGUACCAAGUUUCAAUAUCUGUCAAAUCAUCCAAGUACAGUAUACUCUUACUGUGAAGGUUUCUUCAGAAAACACCUUCAGUAAUACUGUAGAAUGUGAAGUACCAAUGCUCGUAGGAUCGAUUCCAGUACGUAAUAUAAUGCCAAUGCCUGCUGAAGGUAUUCGUACCGGGGACACAUUGGUACCACCUCAACCGUCGGCACCACCACCGGAUUACGAGCCCAGAGUCAUGAGUUCGAAUGUGAAUGGAGAACUGGUCAAAGACGAUCCGAACGACGAGGAGAAGGCACCAAACUACAAACCGCAGUACUUUUACUACCCACCCAAUGUUGAAAAUUUGCAUGUGAACUCGGCAGACUCUAGAACUGGUACUGUGCGGUCGAAAAACGGUAAUUUUGGUUUAGUUUUUGUAUUUUAGGCAAUAUAAUGAUUGUUUAUCUUACAAUUAAUUAAAAAUUGGUAUUUUAGGUUUCGAAAGAGCUGCUAUAAACCCAGAUUUUGGCAUCAGAGAUUCAAAAAGAAGUAUUAGAAGUUCUGCAAAAAUUGGUGAAGGUGCAAGAAUUGUAGUUGAACCAGCUAAUAACAAUCCUGAUAUUGCUAUAGGUCAAGGAGCCUCAUUGGGAUUUGAAAAGGUAUUGUAAUGUCUAUUGUCAUAGGUUUUGUCCUCUUUUGGAGUUUAAAAUUUCUAACUUUUUGAUAUUUAAAUUUUUUUUAAUUUUAACUUUAAAAAUUUUUUGGAUACUUGUCAUAGAGUUUUAUAGUCUAAAAUUACUUUUUUUGUAUAAUGUAUACCUAUUUUAACAAAAACUAUUAGAAACAUAUUUUUAUAUAGUUUAAGUCUUAUGAUAUUGUUAAUAUACUUGUCUGGUCUAGAAAAAGGAAGAUUUAAAAUCGAGUUUGAAAACGUCGGAACCCGAGAAACAACGAGGUCAAGGUGACAAUGCUCAAAAAGCAAAUCAGAAUGAACAAAAAGAAGAUGAUAAAGCACAGAAAGAUGGUGAUCAACAACAAAAGGAAUUAGAAGAAGGCAGUAAAUUGGAAAAGCCGAGGGAACAGGAACAAGAAAACCCUCAGGAACAAAAAAGCCCUGUCGAUGAUACAGCCGAAUCUGAUAGCAUUAAAAGUGAUAGUGCUUCGGAGUAA